AUGGAAGGUGCUCCUACUGCUAUAAAUGUUGACCUUGCUCCCAAUGUGAAUGUCCCUGAAAAUGGUGUCCAAGUCCUACCUCAACCUGAACAACCUGUUCAACCUCAACCUGAACAACCUGGUAAUGUUGUGGAGCUUGAAGCUCAACGUAAGUUAACCUCUGAUGUGUGGCCUCACUUCAACCGAGUUAGGGUUAAUGGGGUUAUGAAGACUAGGUGUAAGUAUUGUCGUAAAUCCCUUGGUGGGGAAACAAGUAAUGGAACUUCACACCUAAGAAGCCAUAUCAAAACAUGUAUCCAAAAGAGGAUCCAUGAUGGUUCUCAAAAAAUACUUGGCCCUAACUAUCAACCUGCUGGAAAUCCUCAACUCUCUGCUUCUCAAUACAAUUAUGAGGUUUCUAGGAAGGAACUUUGUUCAAUGAUUCUGGUCCAUGAGUACCCCCUUAGCCUUGUUGAUCAUGUGGGUUUCAAACGUUUUUGCUGUUCUCUUCAACCUCAGUUCGCUGUUCCUAGUAGAAACACUGUCAAAAAGGACAUUUUGAGUUUGUAUGGUGUUGAAAGGGGUAAAUAUCAUACCAUUAUUGAUGGUAACCUGGGGAGGGUUUCAAUUACAACUAAUUUGUGGACUGCCAGAAAUCAGAAAAGGGGUUAUCUGGCAGUAACUGGUCACUUCAUUGAUAACUCUUGGAAGCUCCGUAACAUAAUGAUGAGAUUUAUGUAUGUUCCAGCCCCUCACACUAGUGAAAGGCUUGCUGAUAGGUUGUUUGAUUGUCUUUUGGAUUGGAACAUUGAUGGUAAGUUGUCCUCAAUCACAUUGGACAACUGUACCACCAAUGAUUCCAUGAUUUUCCACAUGAGAAAUAAGCUUCUGAGCAGUGACUUGUUGCUUGAUGGUAAAUUGGUUCAUAUGAAGUGUUCUGCUCAUAUUCUGAAUUUGAUUGUAAGGGAUGGUUUGGAUGCAAUCAAGGAUGCUAUAAAUUUGAUUAGGGAGAGUGUAGUUUACUUGAAUUCUAUACCUAAGAGGGUUCAAACCUUCUUCAAAGUUGCUAAGCAACUUAAGCUGUCUGUUGAGAAAAAAUUAGUCAUUGAUUGUCCAACUAGGUUGAGUUCCACCUAUCAUAUACUCUCUGUUGCUAUUCCCUACAAGGAUGUUUUCUUUCGUUUGAGUUUGAGAGACAAUCAUUACACAUCAGUUCCUUCUAGUGAACAAUGGGAAUUUGCUUCUACUGUGAUUGGGAAGCUGGAAAUCUUUUCUGAGAUUACUGAGUUGUUCUCUGGUUCCAAAUAUCCGACUGCCAAUCUGUUCUUCCCCAAGAUCUGUGAUCUCGGACUUAAACUGAAUGAGUGGGGUCUUGAUCCCAAUCCUGUGAUUUUUGGAAUGGCUAGUCAAAUGUCACUGAAGUUUGAUAAGUACUGGGAUGAUAUCCAUCUUGUGCUUGGUGUAUCGGUUGUUUUGGAUCCUAGAUAUAAACUCCAUGUGAUUGAAAAGUUAUGCGAAAUAAAGAAAAAUUCAUGUCGUUUGGAUUUUGGAGCACAAAGUUAUGGUUGUCCAAAGUUUGACGAAAUCGAAAAAAGCUCGUUUGGGGUAGCAAACGGCAUUUUUUGGGACGAAGGCGGGACCAAACCACCUUCGGCAGUCUUUGACUUGCAAGAUCUCAAAAAGUUAUGCGAAAUCAAAAAAAAAUUCGCGACGAUCGGAUACUCGAACACAAAGAUACGUUCGUUUGAAGUUUCCACCUAG